AUGUGCGAGCCCAGCUCGAGCUCUGCCGGCGAGCCGGACUCUCGCGUGAACAACACGGGCCGGCAAAUGUACGAGCAAGGGACUUUCUGCGAUGCUGUACGUGUGAACCACAGCAGGGAUCUCGCCAGCUGCAGCGAGCUCAGCUGUACCGCGCUCAAGAGUGGCCACCACGUGACACUCCGCCCUCUCCCCUACCACUCCUACCACUCCUACCACUCCUACCACUCCUACCACUCCUACCACUCCUACCACUCCUACCGCUCCUACCACUCCUACCACUCCUACCACUCCUACCACUCCUACCACUCCUACCACUCCUACCACUCCUACCACUCCUACCACUCCUACCACUCCUACCACUCCUACCACUCCUACCACUCCCACCACUCCUACCACUCCUACCACUCCUACCACUCCUACCACUCCUACCACUCCUACCACUCCCACCACUCCCACCACUCCUACCACUCCUACCACUCCUACCACUCCUACCACUCCUACCACUCCUACCACUCCUACCACUCCCACCACUCCUACCACUCCUACCACUCCUACCACUCAUACCACUCCUACCACUCCUACCACUCCUACCACUCCUACCACCCAGGCGGCGGAGAAGGCAAAACAGUUUGGCGCACAAUGUGCAAGAGACACGGCCCCGGCUGA